GCUCGGCUCCGGCCCACCAAGCGGCCGGUGGCGCUUUACUCAUUGGAUGAAGAUAAUGGAGGCUCAGUGUUGGACUUUGUAGUGCCACAUGAUGCAGCUGAUGGAUUCAUAAAUAACAAACGAGAAAACUAUAAAUUUAAAUUCCAGCAAAUCUUUGAUCAAGGUGCAAAGCAAGAGGAAAUUUUUGAAAAUAUUGCAAAGCCUGUUGCUGAAAAUGUCCUUGCAGGUUACAAUGGGACAAUCUUUGCUUAUGGACAGACAGGCAGUGGGAAGACGUUCACUGUCACAGGAGGGGCUGAGCGUUACAGUGACAGAGGCAUCAUUCCCAGGACACUCUCAUAUAUGUUUGGGGAGUUUCAGAAGGACAGCAGCAAAGUCUACACAACCCACAUUUCCUAUUUGGAAAUUUACAAUGAAUGUGGUUACGAUCUCCUUGAUCCACGUCAUGAAGCCUCCAAACUUGAAGACUUGCCCAAGGUGACCAUCAUGGAAGAUUCCGACCAACACAUCCACCUCAGGAAUCUCUCCCUUCACCAGGCGAACAAUGAGGAAGAAUCCCUUAACCUGCUCUUCCUGGGAGAUACUAACAGAAUGAUAGCAGAGACUCCUAUGAACCAGGCCUCAACCCGUUCCCACUGCAUUUUCACCAUUCACGUUUCGAGCCGCGAGCCAGGCUCUGCCACUGUCCGUCGGUCCAAAUUGCACCUGGUGGACUUGGCUGGAUCAGAACGCGUUACAAAGACUGGAGUGGGAGGACAGCUAUUGACAGAGGCAAAGUACAUUAACCUCUCCCUGACGUACCUGGAACAGGUUAUCAUCGCACUGGCAGAAAAGAAUCGCGCACACAUCCCUUAUCGAAACUCCAUGAUGACAUCUGUUCUGCGAGACAGCCUGGGUGGAAACUGUAUGACAACAAUGGUUGCAACUUUAUCUGUAGAAAAGAAGAACUUAGAGGAAUCUAUUUCAACGUGCCGAUUUGCACAGAGGGUUGCACUGAUCAAGAAUGAAGCUAUUCUAAAUGAAGAAAUUGAUCCCAGAUUGAUGACUCUUCGCUUAAAGAGAGAAAUCCAGGAGCUAAAGGAUGAGCUAGCUAUGGUCACCGGACAGACAAGGACUGACAGCCUCUCAGAAGAGGAAAAACAGAAGUCGCAGGAGCUGGUCAAUAAUUUUCUGGAGGACACUGACGCUGAGGCUUCACUGGAAAUUGGACCUGACAUGCGGAAGAUUCAGUACUGCUUCCAGCUACUAAAGAGUUUGGUGAAAGAGUUGCAACAGUUUAGACCUGGCUUGCAAAUAGAAAAUGAAGUCUCACCCCCUGAUACCAAUGGAGAUGUUGUCAAUGGUGCAGAGAUGAAAUUAAGAGAAUUAUUGCAGCAACGAGAUAAUGAAAUCAAUAUUCUAGUGAACAUGUUAAAGAAAGAGAAGAAGAGGGCACAGGAUGCAAUCAACCAAAUAAACUUGGACAACUGUAAGAAUAUACCUCCCGCUAGUGCCCAGUCCUCAAAGGAGAUCAGCGCAAGCCAUGGGUCAAAAUGUUUUUCUGAAGUUAGGUCCACCAGCAACACAAGCUUCUCCAGAUCUGGGUCAACCUUCAUCUGCAGGAGAAUAGCAGGAGAAAUGUCACUUGGACGUCAGGAAGCUUUUGAGAUCUUCAGGAGGGACCAUGCUGACAACAUGACCAUUGAAGACAACAAACAGCUUCUGAAGCAGAGGUUCACAGAAGCAAAAUCACUUGGAGAAAAAGUGAACCAGGCCAGGAAUAAAAUUAACCAAUUGAAAGGUCAGCUAGAACAGAGAAGAAUGCAAAGAGCUGCCAGUGGUGUGACCAGCGAACCUGUAAACGUCAAUGAACCAGAUCACUUUGAAGAAGAACUUCGAGAGAAAAUUGAGGAAGAGAAAAAAAGCUACAAAGUGACCUUUAACCGGCUGAAAGGGCUGAAGACGGAGAUAGAGCACCUGCAGCACCUUAUGCAAAAAGCUAAGGUGAUGAUGCAAAAGGAUUUCGAGGCUUGGUGGUCCAAAGAAGCAGUGAGGCUCCAGGCCCAGCAGGAACAGCUGUCUGAGGCCAUUUGCCAGAAUACUUGGAAGACCUCUUCUGUGACUCCGACACCCUCCCUGAGGAAUGCUCACAGCAGCAGCAGCGUUGAAACAAGCGGUUAUAUGAGUCCAGAUCCCACUGCACAAAACAGUGCUAGGACCCUCAAAACCUCUUCAUCCGAAGCCAGUGCGCCGUCAAACUUUGGCUCGUCCAUUCCUCUGACUGGUGAUGGGCAGACCGAUGCUGACAUUCUGGCAUUUGUGCGGGCAAGGCAAAACCUCAUGCAGAAGAAAGGUCUAAGAACUAAAUAGCUCAUGGUGAGGAUCAAGCCCAGGUGGUUGACGAGACCGACGCUUGGAAGACUCUGGGAAGCAGCACUCACACUCCUAAAUCAGGACUGAACUGUGGAAUUAUACAGCUGUCAUCGAAUGUGUUUCAGAAAGGACAGGGUACAGAUAUUACUGUCAGUUGUCUGUCUGUGCUUUCUGGCAGUGAGUCUGUCAUCACAGCUUCUCUGUAAUGGAUAAGUAGUUGCAGAGAUACUGUUUACCAUGGUUUGCAAUCAGUUUCAAUGCAACUUACUGUCCUUACUGUUCCUUUUGACUCUUUGGUCUUCUGAGCCAUGAUGGUCUGUUCUGUCAUCCUUCAGCCCACAGCCUCACCAAUAUUUUCACUAUCUGUGCCUUUUCACAGGUGAUUAACCAUGAUAUUGAUCAACAGCAGUUGUUGUGGAAAUAGAGUAACUACAGGUUUUGAUACUGGACCAGCAACUCAGCAGAAGCCCAACGUAGCAGAUGUUGAAAUUUGAAUUAGGGGCCAUAUACAUACAUUAGUUACCAAUAAAUCUAAAUGAGGAUUCAGGUUAGAACGCAGAACUCUCUACCACUUGGAAUACCUGAGGCAAAUGGAAUAUAUGCAUUUAAGGCUAACGUGUAAAGAAGAAAAUGAAUAGCUGGACGAGGGAGAUGAAGAGGGGCUUUAACAUGCUCAUACGGGGCAUCAAUACUAACAUG